AUGCAGGAAGUAGAAUUAGGUGGGGUGGCAGGUCCUUUUGAUGAAAAACCUAUGUCUCAGUGGCGUAGCUCUCCCAUAGGGGUAAUACCUAAGAAGGAUGGAAACUUGUCAAGAGAUAAGAAUACCUUGGCCAAAUCAGGAGCCAGCAGUGAUACCAGAAGGGUUCCUCUCAAGGCUAUUGACAGUGAAGUUGACAGAUUAAUCAAGCUGUCUGUUGCUACAAAUACUAGGGGUGCAUAUGAGUUGGCUUUGCGAAGUUUAAGACAGUUUCAGGAGGAAUAUCAAUUAGAUACAUGUGAACAAGCCAUCACACGUAAAAUGACUGACUUAAAGUCUUCGGAUCACGAACAUGAAAUUUGUCGGGAGUGUUGUCAUGGCAACAUGUGCAACAACAAAGGAUGUGGGGACGAUGCGUAUAGAAGUUGUGAUGAUCACUUUAAAGUAGGACGUUUAAAGUCAGGUGUUUACACGAUAUCACCUGAUGAUGUCAACACGUUUGAUGUUUACUGUGAUAUGGAAAAUGGAGACGGAGGCUGGAUUGUCCUUCAGCGCCGCUUCAAUGGUUUGGUACUGUUCAAUCGAUCCUUUGCUGAAUACGAGAACGGAUUUGGAGAAUUGUACGGCGAAUUCUGGAUAGGUCUGAAGAAAAUGCAUAUUUUAGCACAUUCUAGUCGUAAAGUUAAGUUUAACCUACAAGCGCUGAAUGGGACAUGGUUACCGCUGGAAUACAAUAGUUUUUAUAUCUCUAACGCCAGUCAACAAUAUACGCUUCAUGUGUCUAAUCACACCAAUGGAUUUUGUGCAGAGAGUUUUGAGUACAAUAAUGGUAAAGUAUUCUCAACAUACGACAGAGAUUCACGUGGAUGUGCUGCUUCACGUUUUGGGGGGUUCUGGUAUAAUGGGUGUACAUAUUUGAACAUCAAUGGGCAUUUUGGGCUACUGAAUGAUGAAAGUGGAGUAAUUGAGCAUAGAUUCUAUAGUGGGUACGUUAAUUUUCAGAAAACAAUCAUGAUGAUACAAUAA